AUGGGCCUUUGGUGUUCCAUUCCACCUCACGAUCCAAAACCCAAAAAGAGAAAUAGGAUGAACUGCUUCUUGGCUCUGGUGGUCAUCUACCUGAUUCUGCUCACCGCGGGUGCUGGGCUGCUGGUGGUGCAAGUUUGGAACUUACAGGAGCGGCUCUGGGCCCUGGAGAUGUACUUCGGCAAUGGCACACUGGCCACAGAAAACAACAGCCCAUCCUUCUUCCUGUUCCAGUCUGUGCCCCGCCCACACCUGGCUGGGGGCAUGUGGGAUAGUGAGAGACUGCAAACCUUGCAGGCCCAGUUCAUGCAAGUUCAUGCCAGCCAGCAACACCUGCAACAGCAGGUAGACAACUUCACUCGGAGUCCAGAGCUGUUCCGGGUCAAAGGUGAACGAGGCUUUCCAGGUCUUCCAGGUCAAAAGGGAGCCCCAGGCAUGCCUGGCAUCCCUGGCCUUCCAGGUCCACCAGCUGAGAAGGGAGCCAAGGGGGCUGCAGGACGUGACGGAGCCACAGGCAACACUCUGAAUCAUCCUCUUUUCCUUUCAGGACCCCAAGGCUUACCAGGAAUCAAGGGACAGGCAGGCCUCCAAGGACCCACAGGAGCACCAGGGAAGCCAGGAGCCACUGGUAUCCCAGGACCUCAAGGAGAGAAGGGCAGCAAAGGUGAAAGGGGUUUCAUUGGCUCAAAAGGGGAAAGUGGAGCUAAAGGAGACAAAGGAGACCUUGGCCUCCCAGGCAGCAAAGGGAACAUGGGUGUGAAAGGAGAUGUGGGGGUCAUGGGACCCCCUGGCGCCCCAGGGAGUAAAGGUGACUCUGGGAGACCAGGCCCACCAGGUGCCGCUGGACUUCAUGGACUCAAAGGAGAUCAAGGACAACCAGGAGUGCAAGGUCUUCCAGGUCCUCCAGGCAUGGUGGGAGCUCCAGGUCCCAAGGGUGACUCUGGCAGUACUGGCUCCACUGGCCCAACAGGACCACCAGGGAAACCCGGAAGUCCAGGAGCUGCAGGUCUGAAAGGAAGCAAGGGAGAUACAGGACUUGAAGGACAGAAAGGAACAAAAGGAGAAUCAGGAGUUCCAGGUCUUGUAGGCUUGAAGGGAGAAAGGGGAAGCCCAGGCCUGGCAGGUCCCAAGGGUGCACCUGGACUGGUUGGCCAGAAGGGAGAGCCAGGAAUGAAAGGAUCUCCUGGGCUGAAAGGGAUAAAGGGAGAAAAAGGUCAAACAGCCCACUCCUUAGCAUCCGUCAGGAUCAUUGGUGGUGAGACUCGAGGCCGGGCUGAAGUCUUCCAUAAUGGCAUCUGGGGGACCAUCUGUGAUGAUGACUGGGACAAUUCUGAUGCCACAGUCUUUUGCCGCAUGCUGGGUUACUCCUCGGGGAAAGCACUUUACAACAUGGUAGCUGGCACGGGGCAGAUCUGGCUGGAUAAUGUUGCAUGUGGAGGCUCAGAGACCAGCCUAUGGCUCUGCAACAAAAACACCUGGGGCUCUCACAACUGCAACCACAAUGAGGAUGCUGGUGUGGAGUGCAGCUGA